GCCCUUAAUCGGGAAUUAAACCUGCAGCCCAACUAGGGCGGGCUAUUUCUGUUGUUAUUGUUUAUUUUUUUAAUGCUAUUGUUAUGAUGAAUGCUGCUCCAGAGCAGCCCCGGAAUGUCCCCAAAGCCCUGGAAGGGGAAAACUCAAAGCCUGGUCAGGCCUCCCCUCCAUCCCAUCCCCCUCAGUCCCCCUGUGGAUUGUGACGUAGACAGACCAAGGGUCUGGCCGGAAAUCCCCCUUCCUGUUGCAGAUAAGCCUGGACCAGCCCAGCUGUACCCAAACCCUCCUCCCCACCUCCACCACCCAUUUCGCAGAAUCAAGUCCCCAAGAUGGAGAACCUGUCCAUCAAGCUCCCUGCCCCACUCCCAUCACCCCCCUGUAUCCCCCAUUGCCCAGCCUGCUGUUCCCCAAGCUUCUGUCCAAGUCCUAGCCAUCCCUGCAGCAGGACAGCCCCAGCUACAGGAGGCUGGCGGCCAUCCCUGAGGGGGGGAGGCGAGAGGAGUGUAGCUCAGCCCCGCCCAGCCCCCUGCAACUCGACCUAGCUUCAACCCCCAGCUCUGACGUCUUGGAAAAUUCCCCCCUGUCCAGGCCCCCAGGGGAGGGGAUGCAUGGUAUGAAAUGGGGCUGAGACCCCCAGGUGGGGACAGAGGAACCCACCAGAGGUGAGCCAUCAUGAACUGGGGACUGGGGGUCUGGACUACUGGGUCUGAGGAAAAAGGGCUGAGGUCCCUCCUGGUCUGAGCAAAAAGGACACUGGAGGCCAAGAUUCCAGGGUCCUGGGAAAGAAGGGAGCAGAGGGCUGAACUACUGUGUCUGAGAGAAGCAAGGGCUGGGGCCCAGACUGCAGGGUCCCUACGUGUCCCCAGCUCACCCUGUGCCUUUCCGCCCCUGCCCAGAACAUUCACAACAAGCAUCCAUGGACUUGUGGAAGUGGGAUGAAGCAUCACCACAGGAAGUGCCCCUGGGAAACACACUGUCAAGGCUGGAAGGAGCUGAGCUCGGCUUCUGUUUCCCUGAAGUGGCGCUCCAAGGGGACACACUGACAGAGACAUGCUGGAAAGGACUCCCACACUGGGACCAGAGCUCCGCGUCACCGCACCCAGAAACUCCAUGGGGGGCGGGUGAGUGUGUGCGGAGAGGCGGGGAAGGAGUCCGGGGUCUUCCACCAUGGCUGAAGUUUAGCUUCCCUGACUUUUUGAGGGAGAAUGGAGAUAGGACUGGGGACGCUUGUGUCCUCCACGUGGCCUGGCCCAGAUCCGGGAGCCAGGGGACUCCUAAGGCGGCCAGGGGGCGGGACAGCUGGCCUCCCCUCACUGCGGUCCGUUCCUCCCCGCAGAGCACGCCUCUCAGGCUCCUUCGUGGUCAGGAGACUGGACCCAACGGGGAUGCACCGGGUGGGACGCUUGGAGCCGAGUCCCGCCGGCGCUGGGCCCCGCCCCCUCCGCUGAGUCUCCGGGGGUCGCGGGCCACAACACUACCACCUCCGCGGGCGGGACCCACUCGUGGUCGCGCGCCCCCACCACAGCGAGCUCCCCCGGCCAGGACUGUCCCUUUGGCUCCCACGGCGCCGCAUACUGGAGCCAGGGCCUCCGCGCGGAGGGGCGCACCGACUCCAUUCCCUGGGGCGGGCAUGGGGGGUCGGACUGUCCCACCUCCUGGGACUCGGGGCUGCAUACGGCUUGCCCCACCUCUUCCAAGGAGCACCAGAGUUCCGAUCUCACCGCUUCCUCCGAACCGAAGCAGCAGUUGGACCGCGCAAGUUUGGCUCGUUACCCCAAAACUAACCACCGAGGUCCCAUUCAGCUCUGGCAGUUCCUCCUGGAGCUGCUCCAAGACGAGUCGCGUAGCAGCUGCAUCCGCUGGACAGGCAACAGCCUCGAGUUCCAACUGUGCGACCCCAAAGAGGUGGGGCAGCCUCCCAGACCCGCCCAGUCCGGCCCUAGUCUCCUCUAGUUUAACUCAGCACCACCAUUCAUUUUGCCUCGCCCUUGGUCCGCCCAGCAUGCCCUCACCUCAACCGCACUCUGCCCUACCUAACCUGUGUCCGGACUUUACGGAACCGGCCCAUCUAUCGCUAAGCCCUCCCGCUCCCACCUUCUCUGACUAAGCCUGGCCUUCGCCCUAGGUGGCGCGACUGUGGGGUGAGCGCAAGAGAAAACCCGGCAUGAAUUACGAGAAGCUGAGCCGAGGCCUGCGUUACUACUACCGCCGGGACAUCGUGCGAAAGAGCGGUGGGCGCAAGUACACGUACCGCUUUGGGGGCCGCGUG